GAGGGCGGGGCGUGCCGCCGGGACUUCCCCUGGGCCGAGCUGCGCAGCGGGAAUUUGGCCAAAUUGGGCGAGGGUACAAUAUUACCACUUACCCCUUCUCACCGAGGGAGAGCGGGAGAAAGGGCAUGGCACAGUCACAAGGCUGGGUGAGAAGAUACUUGAAGGCCUUUUGUAAAGGCUUCUUCGUGGCUGUGCCCGUGGCCGUCACGUUCCUGGAUCGCGUGGCCUGCGUGGCGCGGGUGGAGGGAGCGUCCAUGCAGCCUUCUUUGAAUCCUGGGGGAAGCCAGUGUUCAGAUGUGGUACUUUUGAACCACUGGAAAGUGAGAAAUUUUGAAGUACAGCGUGGUGACAUUGUGUCAUUGGUGUCUCCUAAAAACCCAGAACAGAAAAUCAUUAAGAGAGUGAUCGCUCUUGAAGGAGAUAUUAUAAGAACCAUUGGACACAAGAACCGGUUGGUCAAAGUCCCCCGUGGCCACAUGUGGGUUGAAGGCGACCAUCACGGACACAGUUUUGACAGCAAUACUUUCGGACCGGUGUCCCUGGGACUUCUGCACGCCCAUGCCACACAUAUCUUGUGGCCUCCACAGCGCUGGCAGAGACUUGAGUCUGCUCUUCCUCCAGAGCGCUUCCCAGUGCACACUGAGGACCAGUAGCCCUGCACAAGAUGAGCUGCAGACACAAGAACCCUCACACAAAAGGGCAGCGCCCAGUGCUGCUGAGCGAGAGACCUCUGGAUGUCUUUAAGGUGCCCUGGGAUCCUAGAGAAAGAUGUUCAACAUUAAACAGUAUUAAAUGAUA